CCGCCCCUUCAAAUAUUGCUCUAAAGACCACUGCCACUUUGGACUUUUACAUUGAUAUUUGCUAGUAGCUAUACAACAACUAUUUAUAUAUACACAUAUAUGUAGACAUAAAAUAAUUAUUAUUAGGAAUAUCAUAUUACAACUUAUAAGAUGAGACUUGGACUAGCUAGAUAGCGUAUGGAUUGAUGGUCAUCACCUGCUGCUGCAUUUUUUUUGUCUAACACUAUUUCUUUUUAUUUAAACCUAAGACUUCACUUAACAAUGGAUCCUACAUGCGAUGUAUAGGCAUCAUCACUAGUUAAAGCACAAUCCAUCAGUAACAUAUCCUCCACCAUUUCUGAACUCUGAAUUAUCAAUUCCCUUCCAUGGCUAAAGGAGGUUUGGCGGUAGAAAUCGUGGGUCGCUACCGUGUGUCUCCACCACCAAAUACAGUGCCACCUACCUCCCUCCCUCUAACUUUCUUCGACAUACCAUGGCUUUUCUUCUCCCCAACUCAACCUCUCUUCUUCUACGACUACCCUUACCCUACUUCUCACUUUUUAUCCACCGCUCUUCCACCACUCAUCCACUCCCUCUCCCUCACUCUCCGGCACUUCUUUGCUUUGGCUGCCACCCUUGUGUGCCCACCCCACUCAUCCAACCCCCCUUUCAUUGUCUACGACCGAUCCAACUUCGUCUCCUUGGUUGUCGCCCAUUCCACCGCUGAUUUUCAUCACUUGUGUUCGAAUCAUCAGCGUUGUGUCAACGACUUUUACCCACUACUCCCUCCUUUGCCGAGCGGGGAACAAGAGGAAACUCAAACCCCUUUGCUUGCUGCACAAAUCACCAUUUUCUCUAAUGUCGGUGUUUGCAUUGGGUUUGCGUAUCAUAAUGUGGCUGCUGAUGGGAGAAGUUUCAACAGCUUCAUCAAGACUUGGGCUUCUCUUUUCAAAGACCCUUCUUCUUGCUCAGUCAACUCAUCGCUACUUCCCUUCUAUGAUAGAACGGCAAUAAAAGACAGUUAUAGGUUGCAGUCCAUUUUCUUGAACCAUUGGAGAAAAAGAUCUUCAACAAACAUGGUCAUAGGUGUUUCAGACAAGGACUUAGACUCGGCCAUGGUUAGAGCUACUUUCCUUAUGUGUCCUGAUGAUAUGGAGAAGAUUAAAGGGUGGAUUGUUGGUCGAUGCAAGGUCAAAAACAUGGACCAACCACCACGUUUAACACCAUCGAAUUUAACAUGUGCUUAUGUGUGGGUGUGUUUGAUAAAAUCCCAUGAGAAAGUAAAUGGGAAGUUAACUGGCAAGAACCCCAGUUACUUCGGGUUCAAUGCGGGCGGUAUAACCAGGUUGGGAUAUCCGGUACCAGCUGCUUAUUUUGGUAACUGCAUUGGGUUUGCUCGAACAAUGGCAACUCAAAGUGAGCUUAGCGGAGAAGAUGGGAUUAUAGUUGCAGCAGAUGCUAUCGGAAACAGAGUUAAGGACUUGGACGAAGCAUUUCUGGAAGGGGCAGAAAACUGGAUAUCAGAAUGGGGGGAGUUUUAUGGGUCGGAUUCGGAGCCCCAUGUGAUGGUUUCCGGGUCACCGAAACUGGAUUUCUACGAGACAGAUUUUGGUUGGGGAAAGGCAAGGAGAAUAGAGGAAAUUUCAAUGGAUAAUGCAAAAGGGAAAGCCGUUUGGUUCACCCAAAGCAGAGAUGUGAAAGGCGGAAUAGAGGUGGGGUUAGCAUUACCUAAGCCUAAAAUGGAUGCUUUUACAUGUUUCUUCACUCAAUUAUUGCCUCACCAUUAAGCUUUCCUUUUUUGUUGUUGUUGUUGUUAAUCAUAAGCCUCACCAUUAAGCUGUUGUUUCAUUUCAGCAGAGUUUAAAUAAGUUGAUAUCCCUUUUUUUUUU